AUGAGCACACCAUCAAACAACAUAAAACUUGCACCAAAAAACUUCAAGCAGGACAAGGAGUUUGCCAACGCCUUGCAUGGUAAGUCGGGCGGUGUCACCGGUAUUGGUGCGUUGACUCAGAAAGACCAAAAGGCAUCUGAGAUUGCUAUCGAGGGAUAUUUCAAGCACUGGGAUGGUAAGACCAGUGAAGAAGCUGAAAGCUCACGUCUAGCAGACUAUUCUGCAUUGACCAAACACUACUACAAUUUGGUUACUGACUUCUACGAAUACGGAUGGGGUGCUUCAUUCCACUUCUGUCGUUUCUACAAGGGCGAGCCCUUUGGACAAGCGAUUGCAAGACAUGAACACUACCUUGCUGCAAAGAUGGGCAUCACUGAAGACAUGAAGGUCUUGGAUGUCGGAUGCGGUGUUGGUGGACCAGCUAAGGAGAUCGCAACUUUCACCGGUUGUAAGGUUGUUGGUUUGAACAACAACGAUUACCAGGUUGAAAAGGGUAACCUGAGAGCCAAGACAAUGGGUAUGGAAGACCAAUUGAGCUUUGUGAAGGGUGAUUUCAUGCAAAUGGACUUUGAGCCAGAGAGUUUUGAUGCUGUCUACGCUAUUGAGGCUACUGUCCAUGCGCCAGUUUUGGAAGGUGUCUACAGUGAAAUUUACAAGGUGCUGAAGCCAGGUGGAACCUUUGGUGUCUACGAAUGGGUCAUGACCGACAAAUACGACGAGACUAACGAGGAGCACAGAAAAAUUGCCUACGGUAUCGAGGUUGGAGACGGUAUUCCAAAGAUGUACAAAAAAGAGGUUGCCGACAAGGCGUUGAAGGAUGUUGGAUUUGAGAUUUUAUACGAAAGAGACUUGGCCGACAACGAUGACGAAAUACCAUGGUGGUAUCCUUUAUCUGGAGAAUGGAAGUACAUUCAGAGCUUUAACGAUGUAUGCACAUAUGUUAGAUCCAGUUACUUAGGCAGAAAGCUGACCACUUUUGCUGUUGGUACGUUGGAGACUUUUGGUCUAGCACCAAAGGGUUCUGCAAAGGUCACCGACGCGUUGGAGGAGGCUGCUAUUUACUUGGUGAAGGGUGGUGAGCAAAAGCUUUUCACGCCGAUGAUGUUGUAUGUUCUCAGAAAGCCAUUAGAGUAA